CAAUGACAGUUUCCGUUAGUUUCAGUUGCACACCGUACUCGCGUUGAACGAGCGUUUACUUACACGCAAAAAAAAAAAAAAUUCAAAUUCAGAUCAAUUCCAAACUAUCGAUCGACAUCGAUUCCUGCGCGAGACGCAGAGACAGAGCGGAGAGAGCUUUUUUUUUAACACGCGGUACUUGCGCGUGUACUUAAACUCUGAACUUCGAGCUCGAGGCCUCUGAGCUCGAGCGGCUCCGGGGGGAGAGAGAGAGAGAGAAAAAAAAAAAGUUUGUUGUUGUCACGUGACGCGAGACGAAUGUGGCGAUAAAAGUUUGUUUAGGUAGUAAAACUAGGUGGCGUACUACGUUAUUUAAAACAAAAAAAACGAUUAUUUUCGCCCGCAAUGCCUCAACCAAAGCAUCGAAAGAUCGCUGUGAUAGGUUACAGGUCUGUAGGAAAGUCAUCUCUUACAAUACAGUUUGUGGAAGGACAGUUUGUCGACUCAUACGACCCCACCAUCGAAAACACCUUUAACAAAUUGGUCAGCGUGAAUGGUCAAGACUUCAAUCUUCAGCUGGUUGAUACAGCUGGACAAGAUGAGUACUCAAUUUUUCACCAAUCCCACUCAAUGGACAUCCACGGGUAUGUCCUCGUCUAUUCAGUGACCUCCAUGAAAAGUUUUGAAGUUGUGCAGGUUCUACAUGACAAGCUGCUAGACAUGGUUGGGAAGAUUCAGGUCCCAACUGUUCUUGUAGGGAACAAAAAAGAUCUCCACAUGGAAAGGGUUAUCAAGCCAGAGGAGGGAAAGAAACUUGCUGAUUCCUGGGGUGCUGCAUUUAUGGAGUCCUCGGCCAAGGAGAAUGAGACUGCCGUGGAGGUUUUCAAGCGGAUCAUUUUGGAGAUGGAGAAAGCUGAUGGAAACGCACCCCCGGAGGAGAAGAAGUGUGCUGUGAUGUAAAAAAAAGAGGAAGGAAAAAAAAAAAGAAAGUGUAUCCAGGACAUCAGUAAGCUCAUUUGCUGAAGACAGGAGGCACAACCUCACCAGCUUGCCAAUCGCGACCUCACCGACACAAGACACUGCAGUGGACCUUCUCUGCUCCAUUAUGAUACCAGAUUGAUUUACAUAGCAAGGCAACUACCUAGAUAAAUUAUUCCAAUAAUUGUAACCACAGGGAUUUAUGAUGAAAGCAAGAUUUAAUCUUUGUUUUAGACAAAGAAGCAGAAUACUUCCUUCAAAUAUUGAAACGUAAUCUAUGACUGAGCAAAAUCUUGACUUGGUGAGUUCAACCGAAUGCUCAGAAAACAAAUUAAUAUCUCCCGACACAUUUAUUUUUUCACAAACCUCUUAUGAGAAUAACGACUUGUAAAUCUGAUACAUUUGAUAUGACAUCGGCACGUCUCAUAACUCUUUGAGUUGAAGGACAGCGAGCGCUUGUUAAUACUGGUAUCGGUAUUUCAGCAGGUCUUUUUCAACAGUACACAUUGCUUUAAAUGUGGUGUUAAAAUGUCAGUAUUUCUCGCAUGUGGUGGAUUUCCUCGGGAACCCUUGAAUGGGGAUUUCACAUAAGAAAUAACACUGUGGUUUCACAGUUCUUCUCACUGUAAUUUCUUUUUUUUAUUUUUAUUAUCGACUCAUUUUCAGGUACCUUUUCACCAAUGAACUCUUGAACUGUGUCUUCAUGAUGGAGGAAUCUAUUUGUAUAUCUAACAACACAUUUUAAGCUGCUGCGCUCAGCAGAUUAGUCCUCUAUUCCAUAGUUUCUACAGUUUAAUUUCUCCUCAUCGACUGUAAUAAAGAUGUUCUCUUACAGACAACCCUUAGAGAAAUUUAGUAUAGAUAUGAGUAGAUCUUUGGUAUUUACCGUGUAUGGCCUUUUUAUACACUAUAAACAGAAUCUUUAGAGAUUGGUUUGAUACUAUUGGUUAUAAAUCAAGUGGUGCAGGUUUGCUCUCCCUUAAGUAUUCUUAGAGUAUAUGGUUAUAAGUGCAUUAUAAUUAUGAACAUUGUUGAGCUGCAAUUUUUAAUUGCAUUUUAACACUGUGUAAAAAAAAA